AAGCAAGCACCCUCCCCUCCCCCUACUCCCUUUGGGCUUUGCUCUCGUGUGCCAGUCUGGCUCCCCUCCUCCAGCUAGACUUAGUCCAUCUACUUUAGGGGAAAAAUUGAGGGGAGGGCGGGCUCAGUCCCGACGGCCGCAGCCUCCAAUGGGAGAAGCUGAGAGUUCUGGGGACAAGAGGAGGCGGCCGGUGAGGAUGGAGGGAGGGGUGUGAGAGUGAGGGGAGGGGAGGGGACGGGAAGGGAGAGGAGGAGGAGGAGAAGGACUGGGCUCCGGAGCAGCUGACAAUAGAGGCGGCUAGAGAGAGGAGGAGGAGGAGGGAGGGGGAGGAAGGGCAUUGAAAGAGGCGGCAGGGAGUAGGGGCUGCAUUGUGGAGGCACCCCUCUGUCUCUUUCUCCCGCCCAGGUCUCUGCGAGACAAGGCAGCAGAGAAAGGAGGGCCGGGGAGGCGAAGGGGCCGCCAGGGCAGCCGAGGAGAGCGAGAAAAGGCGGAGUGGGGAAAGGGGGGAGGGAGAAGGGACGGAGUGGGGUAGAGAGAGAAAAAGAGAGAGAGGGGGAGAGAGAGAGAGAGAGAGAGAGGGAGAGAGAGGGAGAGAGAGAGAGAGAGAGAGAGAGAGAGAGAGAGAGAGAGAGAGAGAGAGAGAGAGAGAGAGAGAGAGAGAGAGAGAGAGAGAGAGAGAGAGAGAGAGAGAGAGAAGUGUGUGUGUGUGUGUGUGUGCAGGGGAGGCGAGGAGGAAGAAGGGAGGGAGGGCAAAGAGAUAUCGAGUAUCGAGGGAGAGAGGGAGUGAUCAAAGGAGAGAGGGAGUGAUCUAGGGAGAGACCGAGAGAAGGAGGGAAGAAGAGAACCGGGGCUUUGCAGCGGGAGCAGCAAGCAGCAAGCAGCGGCGGCAGCAAGAGGAGGAGGAGGAGGAGCAGGAGAGAGAAGGCAGAUAGAGCAGCAGGUAGGGCCUGCGGGGCAGGACAGGGCAGAGAAGUAGAGACCAGGGUCUCCUGAGGGGACUGUCGGAAGCCUUGGAACUUCAGGCCUGCAAAGGAGCACCCCAGAAGGGCUACUCUGUCCUUUGGAAGGAAGCCCGAGCAGAGGCUCAGAGUCCAGCUGGAGGCAUCUUAGCAAAGUGAAACAGUAGCGGUUCCUUGUGAAGAUGUCCAAUAACGGUGUGGACAUUCAGGACAAGCCUCCGGCCCCUCCGAUGAGAAACACAAGCACUAUGAUUGGAGCUGGCGGGAAAGACGCUGGGACCUUGAACCACGGCUCCAAACCUUUGCCUCCAAACCCUGAGGAGAAGAAGAAAAGAGACCGAUUUUAUCGCUCCAUCUUACCAGGGGAUAAAACCAAUAAAAAGAAGGAGAAGGAACGGCCUGAGAUUUCACUCCCUUCUGAUUUUGAACACACAAUUCACGUUGGAUUUGAUGCUGUUACUGGGGAAUUCACGGGGAUGCCAGAACAGUGGGCCCGCUUGCUACAGACUUCCAACAUCACCAAAUCCGAGCAGAAGAAAAAUCCCCAGGCUGUGCUCGAUGUGUUGGAAUUCUACAACUCCAAGAAAACCUCCAACAGCCAAAAGUAUAUGAGUUUUACAGAUAAGUCGACAGAAGAUUACAAUUCAUCCAACACUUUGAAUGUGAAGAGUGUGUCCGAGACGCCUGCGGUCCCUCCAGUGUCAGAGGAUGAAGACGAUGAGGAUGACGCCGCUCCUCCUCCGGUCAUAGCGCCUCGACCCGAGCACACAAAAUCCGUGUACACACGGUCAGUGAUCGACCCCAUUCCUGUCACACCAACCCGCGAUGUGGCCACGUCUCCGAUCUCCCCCACUGAGAAUAACAACACUACCCCUCCAGACACCCUGACCCGCAAUGCCGAGAAGCAGAAGAAGAAACCCAAAAUGUCAGAUGAAGAGAUCUUGGAGAAAUUAAGGAGCAUUGUGAGUGUGGGUGACCCCAAGAAGAAGUACACUCGGUUUGAGAAGAUUGGACAAGGAGCUUCAGGCACAGUGUACACAGCAAUGGAUGUGGCCACUGGACAGGAGGUGGCCAUCAAGCAGAUGAACUUACAACAGCAGCCCAAGAAGGAGUUAAUCAUUAAUGAGAUCCUGGUCAUGAGGGAAAACAAGAACCCCAACAUUGUGAACUACCUAGACAGUUACCUAGUGGGAGAUGAACUGUGGGUCGUCAUGGAAUACUUGGCUGGAGGUUCCUUAACAGACGUUGUGACUGAAACCUGCAUGGAUGAAGGACAGAUAGCGGCUGUGUGCCGGGAGUGUCUGCAGGCCUUGGAGUUUCUGCAUUCCAGCCAGGUCAUUCACAGGGACAUUAAGAGCGACAACAUCCUGCUUGGGAUGGACGGUUCUGUCAAGCUAACCGACUUUGGUUUCUGUGCUCAGAUCACCCCAGAGCAGAGCAAGCGAAGCACCAUGGUUGGGACUCCGUACUGGAUGGCCCCAGAGGUGGUGACUCGGAAAGCCUAUGGGCCCAAGGUGGACAUCUGGUCUCUGGGCAUCAUGGCCAUCGAGAUGAUUGAGGGGGAGCCCCCCUACCUCAACGAAAACCCGCUGAGGGCCCUAUACCUCAUCGCCACUAACGGUACUCCUGAGCUUCAGAAUCCAGAGAAGCUGUCCGCCAUCUUCCGAGAUUUCCUGAACCGCUGCCUGGAGAUGGAUGUAGAAAAGAGAGGGUCGGCCAAAGAACUGCUGCAGCAUCAGUUCUUGAAACUUGCCAAGCCUCUCUCCAGCCUCACACCCCUGAUUGCCGCUGCAAAGGAGGCCACAAAAAACAACCAUUAGAACCCCCAACCCUCCCCAGCAUCCUCCUGCCAAGCCUGCUGUGAAAUGUUCCCGCAGAGACCUUCAAUCCCUGGCGCACUCCUGGUCCUUGCCUCCUCCGUGGUGUUGUCGUCCUCUUCCUGCUCACCUAGAGCUCUCAAGAUUGGGAACCUUGGGUAAAGGUUGGCAGAAAUACCUUUGGUCCAACAUUGAGGAGAGAUCUGUGAUGGAGACUGUAACCCCAUCCAUUGCUGCUCUUAGGCCAAGAACCUGCCUUUCUUCCAUGGGCUGGAAGGCAAAGAUUGUGUAUGGAUGGUCCAGCAUCAUCAUGGAGAGGUGCUGAACCUGAUUUCCACAUAGCAAAAUGUUUUCUUUCUCUCCCUUUAACUUUUAUUGUCAUCCUUCAAAGAAAUAUAACCACUGGGUGUUCUGAUCCCAUGACAUCCCAUCUCUCCCAGUGGUGGAGGCUUCCAUAUUUCCCUGCCUUCCUAAUCCCAAACCACCUCAUUUACCAACCUCAUUUAACUUGAAGACUGGAAUAGCUGGAGGAAUGGUGAGCAGCUUUUAAUCAACUGGGGAUGGGAGAUGGCUUUGCUUUCUGGAGCCUGACUCAGGCCCCUCUGGCCCCUGGGUGGGCAAGAGCUGGACUCUUCAAUGUUGUUUGUGUUCUGCUUGUGACCAUUGGGAGGACUUGGCCCAAUAAAGGUCCCCAUGCAUUUUUCCUGAACCAGCCUUGCCUAAUGUAACAGUUUUCAAUUUCGCUCCUGUUCCAGCCCCCUUCUCCCUGGAUGCUCGCUCCCUCUCAGCAUUAUUUUCUACAUGUUUCGUGCCACUGAGAAGUUUCCAAGGACACAUUUGGGCAAGGGGUGACGAGAGAAAGCUGGGGGGUGGGGAAAUUUGUUGAGCCAUGUUUUUUCCCUUUUAGCGUGGUUAUGCCUCUGACAUUACUAUGGAUUAUUUUUAGAGAGAAUUCAACUUGUUUUUAGGCUAGGUCUCUUAGCUGGAUGAUGAGGUUGGGUCUUUGGGGUGGAUGAGCCAAGGGGAGAAUUCAAGUGUUGCUGAAUCUGGGGCAGCCUUGGUUACAAGGAGGAUUGAAUGAUCUUGGUUUUAACAGCACAAGAGAAGUAGUUUGAGAUGAUGCCCUUGGCAGCCAUGAAGGAGAUGCUGUCCCGUGAAAUGUGUGGCUUGGCUCUUGGCUUUCCAUAUGCAAUUGGAAUCGUUGGCUCACAUUUUCCCCAUCUGUAGUCUGUUCUCCCAACUUCAAUCCUGGGCUGACAGGCCCAUUGGCCACCGAGUUCUACUCUGAAGGUGCCCCAGACUCCGUAGCACAAGUUUCUAUUUCCUUCAAUAAAAGGAGAUUAAAAUAC